CGUCACGUGGCCUACGCCGGCCCAGCCCUCGGGGUCGGUCCUGCCCGGGACCCUGAGCGCUCGGCCCCUGGUGUGGGGAAGCCGGGGGUCUACCCGGGACAUUCCCGUUUCCUGCUGCCAUCACCGGGCGUAAUUCUGGAACGUUCCACCCCCUCCCCCCGGCUGGCGGAAGGGAGAGAGCCUGCAGGUGGGGGCGGUCCCCAGUGACCCCAGCCCCGAUGGGCCGGCCGCUCGCCAGGACGCAGCCUCGGAGCCCCGUGUCGGCCGCCGGCGUCCACUGGAAGCUCCGCUCACGCUGGCCUGGCCGGAGCCUGGGGGUCUCGAUCCCGGGGGAGUCGGCCUCGGAGUCCCCAGUGCGGCCACGGGAGAGGUGGGCUGCGGCCGCGCUGACCGAGCCCGGCACGGCCCAGGGACAUCUGCCCGCUGGUGUCCUGGGGGGGGGGGGGGUCCUGUGUGCAGCAGGACGGGCAGGAGGCCCCCGCCCUCGCCCACGGCCGCCAGCUCCUGGGAGCCGCCCUGCCGUCCAGGGCCACGUCCCCUCCGCGCUCAGUCCUGUGCAGUCACUGCCCCGAGGCCCGGCAGGCCCGCCGGACGCCGCCGGCCCUCCGCCCUGUCUCCCACGCCCGGCCCCGCGGGCUGUGGAUGGGGCGCUGGGGUCCGGCUCGGCUCCGGUGCCCGUUUCUGUGGCUUUAACCUGGGCCGGGCCCGAGUUCCCUCCCGCCGGAGCCCGCAGCCGCCGCCCACGCACCCCGCGCCUCUGCAGACCCCGUCGGCGGGUCUCGGAACGCUCCCUAGGCCCGGAAGGGGCAGAGCGAGCGUCCACCCGCUGGUCCACUCCUCAGACGCCCACGGCAGCCAGGGCUGGGCCAGGCGGACAGCCGGACCCGAACCUCCAUCUGUGUCCCCCACGUGGACGUCCACAGAGGGCAGGAGCCGGACCCGAACCUCCAUCCGUGUCCCCCACGUGGACGUCCACAGAGGGCAGCAGCCGGACCCGAACCUCCAUCUGUGUCCCCCACGUGGACGUCCACAGAGGGCAGCAGCCGGACCCGAACCUCCAUCCGUGUCCCCCAUGUGGACGUCCACAGAGGGCAGGAGCCGGACCCGAACCUCCAUCUGUGUCCCCCAUGUGGACGUCCACAGAGGGCAGCUCCGCCCCUGGAGGGCAGCGGGGUCCCGCCCUGGGGCCGCUGUGGAUCACGCUGCUGUGGACGCUUGUUCCCCGCGUGUCCCUCGGCCCGCGCUGGGCUUCCGCCGCCCGCACGGCUGGGUCGUCCCCGCAGCAGCAGCAGGUGCACCGUGGCCCGGCCUAG